GAAAUCGGUAAGUUUGUAUGCCUGCUGCAUGAACAGAUGGAGAUACGUGUAGUUGUCAUUGUUUGUCUGCUGCUUUCUGACAAUUUAGUCUAUUAAUAAUGAAGUGUCUGACCUCUGUACACCGGCAAGAGGAUUUUCUGAACUGAGAAUAUUGGAUAGGUUGGGUUUUAGAUUUCAAAACUCUAUUCUAGAUUGUGGAACGAUUACGAAGUUCUUGGGGUUUUGUUUUUAACUUCUCUCCAAAAUGACGCCUGCCGAUGAUCCUCGUCUUCCAUCUCUUCUUGUCGCUCACAGCAAGCCAGGCUAUUUCAAAUACAUUUGCUCUUAGAGAAGAAGGAAGCCCGAUUUUGGAAAUAAAAUCAGUUUCCUCAUUAGAUCAGGCUAGUUUGAUGCCACCAUCAGAAGACGGCGGUUAAGCUGUAUUGUCUUAUAUUCAUAAGUGAAAGCCUUGCUAUGUUGAUAGCUAAUUAUACCAAAAUAAAGCACCUUUAAAGUGUAGAAAUACGAAAAUUAUAUCAGAUGCUCGGCAGCUUAGUUGCCUUGAACAUGUGGAAUAUGUAGAAAAACUAAUGCUGUAAUGAGAACAUGUGCCUAGGUGACAUAUUUUGUAGUACUGAUUUUGCAGGAAUGUGAAAGCAAGACAGUAUCUGAAAUUAGGAAGCAGGAUCCAAGACUGAAAAGACAUCUUCAAGAGAAGUCAGAGGAUAAAGAGGAGGAGGAGGUGAAAGAAAAGAGAAGGAAGGGAAGUACAGAGGAAAAAGAAGAGCAGCAACAUAAGACACAUGAACACAGACUGAGGUCACUCAUUAAACAGUGAGGAAAGACGAUCAGCUAGCACCAGAGACUCCCACUCAGGAAGAAAGCACAUGAGUAAUUAGAAUGUAAAUAUUACAAUUAGUUCCCAAGUUAUUACUUGUUUAAAUAAAAUUAGUUCUUGCAAAAACCAGGCCAAAAGAAUGAAAUCAAACCUGAAUUUUUUGGGGAAACAAUGGGAAUGUGGAGGCAAGAGAAUAAUUGGGAGGGUGGUGGGGAUGUGACUUGUAGAAUCACAACAUUCACUAUAUUCUAAAGUGACCGUUGUAUUGAACAGUGGAUAAAAGCAACAAAAUGAAGUGAAAAAACAGAAGCUGUAGCAGCCUGCUCAAACAUCAGUACACGACAGACAUUGCCAAAGACUGAUUCACCUCAUUUAGAUCUCACGCCUCUUUCCGGCUACCUGGAAAAACACCUUCUACACUGAUUACAGAGAGCAAUUUAUCAGAUGCUCGGCAGCUUAGUUGCCUUGAACAUGUGGAAUAUGUAGAAAAACUAAUGCUGUAAUGAGAACAUGUGCCUAGGUGACAUAUUUUGUAGUACUGACUUUGUAGUACUGAUUUUGCGGGAAUGUGAAAGCACAACAGUAUCUGAAAUUAGCAGGCGGGAUCCAAGACUGAAAAGGCAUCUUCAAGAGAAGUCAGAGGAUAAAGAGGAGGAGGUGAAAGAAAAGAGAAGUAAGGGAAGUACAGAGGAAAAAGAAGAAGAGCAACAUAAGACAUGUGAACACAGACCAGUAGGCAGCGGAAAUGAAGUAUUUGAUGGUGCUCUUCAGAAGCAAGACACGACUACAGAGGACUCAGAAAAUCAAGGUGGAAAACGAGGGAGUCCCAGUAGUCGAAAACAGUCACAAUCACGCUCUCCUGAGGCACGCUCACCAUGUACACAGGAGAGGAGCUCACACAAAAGGAGACAUGGGAGUUUCUCUCCCAGUUCAUCAACUCCUAAAAUAAGGAAGGUUUCUUUCACGUCUGCUCAACCAGGGCCUUAUGGCCAAGGUCAACAGCAUUUGCCAUAUCCUGGCAGUUUUGUUCAGAACCCUGCAGACGUCAUCGUGUGAUUGCACACCAGCAAGGUGCUGUAGAACGUCCACCAAUGAUAAUGAUGAACAUUGUUAGUGAUGUGUCAGUUUCAACAAACUGACCGGUUUUUGUUUUGUUCUGCUUUCUUCCAGUUUGCUUCAUUCUGUAAAAAAAAAAUAAAUUGAACUGAUAGAAUUA